AUGGCCGUGUGGCUGGAAGUACUGUUCGUGGCGUUUUUCAUAUCGCUGCCGUUCCUCUACGACACGCUACGAACAUUCCGCUACCACUUUCGUCUGGCCAUCUUCUCUGUGCUGGCCUCCCUCACGUCCCUGUUGGCCGUCUUCCAGUUCAAACACCGUUCCAGGUUGAUUGCAUAUUUUGGGCAACAAAUCUCAGAUUUAUUGUCUAUUGAAUGGUGCUUACACGGUAAACAAAAUCUAUCAUCAACACGUCCAAGAGUGGCUAUUAUAAAUUAUCAAACUGACAUUGAUACAUUAGGACUCUUACAUUUGGUGUAUUGUCAAAAGAUGGAACUGAAUAUAAUUUCAGAGACAAAUUUCAUCACCUUAUGGCCAUUUUCAUUUUUUCCAUGGCUAAUCUCAUUGGCCCUGUGCCCCAUUCAAUUUUUUUAUACAAAUUUGAGGUUGUUGAAUUUUUCUACAGCGGUAAUUGAUUCAGGGCCUACAAUUUUAUUGGCAUCAACUUUAAUGACAAAUGAAGAAACUAUUAAAAUGGCUUUAAAAAGAAAAUUGCCAGUGCAGCCUAUUGUAUUUUCCAACAACUAUUUCAUAAACAAAGAAAAACAUAUGUUUGAGCCAGGUCGUGUAAUAAUAUCUGUGAUGCCAAUAAUAGAAACUGAUGGUUUAUUCUCAAAUGAUAUACCUAACUUCAGUGAUGAAGUAAAUUCCAAAAUACGUGCAGAAUAUGACAGUAUAAGCAAAAUAACUCAACUGGGCGACUAUCAGACACCACCUUUUUAG